UGUAAAAUUUAUCGAUGUAAUGUAAACAUUUUUACCGAAAAGAAAAAGAUUUAACGAUAAUAUUUAUUAUAAAUUAGAAGAGACUUAAAUAAAGUCUCUUUGUUGUUUAUUCGAAACAAGUAUUUGAACAUGACAGAAGCUGAAAAACUUAAUAAUGCUCAACAGACCAGUGAAAAACCAGAAAAUAUUAGUAUUUUGAUAAAUUUGUGCAGUGCAAAUGCGGACUUUUUUGCAAAAGACAGCAGUGAAAAUGGACAAAGGUUGUAUAUAUCCUUUUUGGCAAUAAUUGACGCUUUAAAUUUAUUAUAUCCACGAGUGCUCGAUAUUGAACAUAGGGUAUCAGAGUUUGAUUUGGAUGAAAAUACACCCGGAAAUGGAUAUAGAAGUUUUCUUAAUGUAUAUAAGAUUUCAAUUGGAUAUACAAUUGACUUAUGCCAGAGAAUUAUAUGGAGAAAAAACAGUAUAUUGUUCAGGAAGACAGUGUUAACAAAAGAAUUAGAAUCGUGUGCUCAAUUGAUGUCAAGUCUAUGUACAUGCUUCAAGCAUUUAGAGACAAUGAUGUCAUGGUCGGAAGAUGGAAACAUUUUUUCAGAAAACAGGUCAAUGGAAGACAUGAUUUCGGUAUGCCAAAAUGUUAAUCAGUAUUGCUUUUAUGGAAGACUAUUAGGUUUUCAGUUUUGCGAUUCUUUAAAAAAUGUUUUGCAAUUUAUAGCUUUAUCAAUGGCAAUAUUCUCAGAAGCCUAUUACAGUGAAGGUUCCCUAAUCUCAAAAGCCACAAAUUCAUUUAUGACCACUACAAAAUAUAUUACAGAUCCUGAACAAAGGGCAAAAAGAAUUGUAAAUAUUUCUAAAAAUGCCAAUGUCGAUUUUUGUAAAGCCUUUUGGUUUUUGUCAGAAAGUGAACUGAUGAAUCAGUUGCCCUCGGUAGUUUCACCCAACGUUGCAGUUUGUAAAGUUAUUAGUAUUGCACCAGAACCUAUGUCUUUAAACAUAAAUGGGAAAGAAAUUGACAUACCAGUGCCUAAUUCAUAUUUAGGACCUAGACCUAUUCAAGUUCGGUUAAUUAGUUAUGAACAGAGGCAAGGCAUGUUAGGUAGCAAGAAUAAAACUAAUUUACCGCCCCCUUCAAAGGCCUUGUUAGUACACUGUCAUGGCGGUGGAUUUGUGGCGCAGUCUUCAAAAUCCCACGAAGGAUAUCUGCGAGAUUGGGCAAAAAAUCUCAACAUUCCCAUAAUGAGUAUUGAUUACAGUUUAGCACCUGAAGCCCCCUUUCCUAGGGCACACGAGGAAGUUUUUUAUGCUUACUGUUGGGCCUUAAAAAAUCACCAAUUUUUAGGAAGUUCAGGUGAAAAAAUAAUAACCGCGGGCGACUCUGCCGGUGCAAAUCUUUUGCUCUCUCUGAUCCUGAAAUGUAUCCAUACUGGUGUUCCUACGCCUCACGGUAUGUUCGCCGCCUAUGUGCCUACUUUAGUGAAAUUCGUGCCUUCCCCAGCGAGGUUGCUGUGUAUGAUGGACCCUUUGCUGCCCUUUGGAUUCUUGAUGAGGUGUUUGAAAGCCUAUGCUUGUCCGCAAGACGCCAAACAGAUUCCAAACGGCACUACGUCCCCUAGCGGCAACAAUUUUCACUCUGACGAUAGCGAGAGCUUCGAAGAAGUCUCUGAAUCAGAUCUGGCCGAACUUCAAGCCCACAAAUCGCCUGUGUCCGAAGCAUCGGACACCCUAACAUAUGGCUCGCUUAACUCCGCUAACCUGGACGAUCUGGACAAUAAGGUUGAUCUGACAUCUGUGGAGAUCGAGAAAAGUCAGAAGCUGAUGGCGGACAUCGUACACAAAUACGUGCUAGGUAGGGAUUAUUUGGGCUCGGCGUUCUCCUCCAAGUUUUUUACCAGUCCGGUGCGUGUUGGAGAAUCCGACACCGAAACUGACGGUACAAAAACCUCACUGGUCGACAUGGAAAGCACCUCUUCCUCCACACCGGACACCUCAUUCCAAAACAGGCUUUAUGGGUUUGUCUCAGGCAUCAAAGGCCACUUCAGCAAAAUGUUAGGCGAGAGAGGAUUAAGCGGCGCUGAAAAACUCCUGGAAACGGACAGGCCGAACGCUGUAUGGGAGGACCUGUGCUUUCCUGUUCCCAACAACCCUUAUUUGAGCCCUUACUGUGCUUCCGACGAAGACCUGAAGAAGUUCCCUCCAACGAAAAUACUCACUGUUCAAUUAGACCCUUGUUUGGAUGACUGCGUCAUGUUUGCCAAAAAAUUAAGGAGAUUAGGAAAUGACGUCCAUCUCGAUAUUCUCGAAGGCCUACCGCAUGGAUUUCUAAAUUUCUCAUUGAUUUCAAAAGAUGCCCACGAAGGCUCUAAGCUCUGCGUCCAGCGAAUGAAAGAAUUAUUGGACCUCGGACCGGUUUUAAAAUGAGACUUUCCUAUUUAGAACAUAGAAAAAUCGUCACUGUAUAUUAACUGUUGUUACAUAAAAUGCUUCGCGUAUUUAUAACAGUUUAUUUAUGAAAUUGACGAAUUAUAUUAUUUUUAUACAAAAAAUCAUGGGUUAGUGUUUAAAUAUGAUUGGAAUUUAUUUACUUCAAUUCGAAACAAAUAACGCUAUGGAAUAAAAAUGAUCACAUAGUAGGCUUUGAAAUACCGUUUCCCCAAAUGAUUAUUAUAUCUGAAUUGAUACUAAAAUAAUUUCGUACUUGUCUUUAUUUAUUUUAACUUACACAACAUUUCGGUCAAAUGUAUCAAUUUCGGUCAUAUGUAUCAAUGAAACGAACGUUAUCAAGUGUGAACUAAUCUAAAUCCUAAAACUACUUGACCGCCUUUUCUUGAUUUUAAAGUAAUUUAUAAUUUGUUCUUAACGCGAGGCCUCAGUGUAACUAUUUCUUCUUCCGACGACCAGUACCUGUUUUUUUAAUGUACCUCCCAAUAAAAAAUGAAUGAAUCUGGCUACACCGACAAUAACUAGUUGUUGUUUUUUUCAUUAAAUUGUGGACUAUCCAAAUUUUUUUUUCGCUUGAAAUACUUAUUUUGAUGUAUGCUUUCGAGUGAUACAAAAAAAGUACAAAAUUCGGACGGUGUUAUAUCUGACAAGCACCCUUAUGGCGACCUAAGCCCCUUUAAAAGUCUGUGUCUAGUUGCGCCAAUGAUUAUAAUUUUAGGAUGAAGCAAUUUUAGGAUUUUGAUUGGUGUGUAAGGUAAUAUAAAUAAAUGUCCGAAAUUCUUUUAAGUAUUAAUAUUUAGAAAUAACAUUUAACGUCGAGCUGGGCAGAAAGAAAUGAAACAAGUUUAGAUUGGAAAGCGCCUCCAAGGGCAAUGUAUAUACUAGAUGUUUGGCGCUGUGCUUGCAGCGGAUGCGAUACAAAAAUUUUUAUUACCUCGGAACGGUUCGUUUUUUUUCGGAAUUGUGUCGCCAGAUAUUAUUUAUUUAAAUUUAUUCUUGCUUUCUUUUAAUUUUAUAAAUAACAUACAGUGAGUAGUGAGCUGCCUAUAAAAAAAAUAUAUAUUCUAUAUAAGGACAUGUAUGAAAUUCUUAAAAUAUAUUAAAAAAGUAAAAAUAGAAGUCACUUUCCACAAUCCAGAGUUUAACCAUAGUUUUUUUAUUGCAAAUAAUUAAUCUUCAUACAAUUUUAUGACACCCGUAUUUUUUUAUUUUACUUCAAUUUCAUCCCAUUUUUUUAAAAAAAUUAAUAUUAAGAAUUUCAAAUGUACACUUUUGCAAUCUCUGACGUCACCUAUCAAAAGUGUCACGGUUUGCCACCAGGUACAAAGGUAAAUAAAAACCAUUUUUCUAAAUGUAUUUUAAAGUAGAUAUAAAAUUAAUUGUAAAAUAAAACUUAAGGAACUUACGUUAAAAUGAUCUUCACAGUAAAAUCUCGUACUUUUGCUGACAUAUUGUUGUCUUGCCACUUCAAACCAGGCUCUUCCACGGCUUUCAUCCAAAGGAACAGCUAUAAGAGGGUACAAUAAAACAAAAUUGAAAACUCAAAGUAUUUAACGCCAAACGCAAAAUCAACAAAAUACAAAUCUAACCUCGAACGCCUCGAACCCUUCGAACAUCCGACCAACUUUGGUAGUGUUUAAUGCAUAGUUUAAUGCUUCGAUAAAAAUGGCAGUAAUCUGUUAAUUAUAAAAAUUUAAGUUUUAAUUUCUAGUAGUGAAAAAUAUAAAAGUAAAUUUAAUAUUGGGGUAAUAAAGAAUAAUCCCACAUAAAAAGUAUUUUUUAACGAUCUUAAUAAAAAUAGAAAAAUCUAACGUGAUUUUAAGAUAUAUGGCGUAAAUACGGUAGCAGAGAACUAGACACGCCAUUAUUAUUAUUGUUCAGAGGCUAGAGCGCCCUCUGUCAACUAUUCAGUCAAAUGCUGAUAGGUGACGUCACAAUUUUCUACGCGUCAUUUCAAACCAGUGAAAUUUGUAUUGAAUUUAAUUUAUUAUUUAUUCCUUAAUUGUAACUUCGUUGCAUUUCUUUUUGUAUUGAGGGAGUACUUUUCAAUCACUGCAAUUAAAUUUUAUAUUAAAAAUAACAAAAAUUUACUAUGGUUAAACACUGGAUUAUCAAGGGCUUGCAUAAAUAAAAUUUAAAAUAAACUUACAAGACAGCAAUAAUAACUUUAAAAAAAGGACACUUUAGUUAAUACUUUUCCGUACUUCUUUCGGUAUAUUUUCAAGGAGGGCGGUUUAAAUUCUAGAAGAUUUUAUAAUUUUUAAAGAUUCUGACUUUGACAAGAAACAAUUCUCUAUGUCUUUGCUUGCGGUUGUUCUUAGCAACCGCUAGAAGUGCCAACCAUGCGCCAACAACGGAUGCGAUCCAAAACAAUUAUAAGUUUUGGCGGGAAGCCGAGCAUUCCAAUCUAAAUUUAUUUCCUCUAUCUAAGAUGACAGAAAAUCAUGAUUUAGUUUUCAAAUGUUAAAAAUAUAAAUAAUUCUAAGAAUUUCAUUAAUAUAAUCAAUCUGGGACUAAAAUACUAUUCUAUGUUUACUGUAACGCCAUUUUUUAAGAUCACACCACUUAAAACAACUGGACUAUAAUGCCAAGUAGUUAUCAGCUUUGUUUUUGAUUUAUUUUAACUUUUAACAAUCAUACAAUAAUUAUGCCUAAAAUUUACUUUUUAUUUGAUGCAUAGAUAAAUGCAACAAGUUUAGAUUGGAAAGCCCGUAAAAAUUUUAGGUCGUGAAAUUAUUUUGGGUCGCGACCG